AUGCCAUUCAUUUCAAGCAGUCCACAAUCGAAUCUAGUAGUAGCUAAAGAUGACGGUGGCUCUCAAGGCAAUUUUCAGAUCACAGCGACGUUUACGGUGACUCAAUCCACGAUCCUCGUUGUUACAACAUACCAUCCAGACGACAUAGGUGAAUUCAAUAUUUCAAUUUACGGUCCCACACAAUUAAGCUUAACACCCUAUAUUUCCACGUCAAAUAUCGUAACGAACACCAAUGAAACAACCAGCGUAGACACUACUGCAACAACUUCUACAACUACUACAACUACUACAACUACUACAACUGCUACAACUACUACAACUGCUACAACUACUACAACUACUACAACACCCAUAAUGACAACAGCAGCUAUAGGAACCACCAAAGUAGCUACUAAAAGAAGCACUAAAGGUACUACUAGAAGAACUAAGAAAAAAGUCAUAGCACCAACUAUUACAACGCCAACUACAGUCACAGCUAAUAUUCCUGCUGAUGCCAAAUGGACACUGAAUGGUAUGACUAUUGCUGGAGACAAUGGAGAUGGCACUGCCACUAAUCAACUCCACUGCCCUCAAGGUCUCUUCAUUGAUGAUAAUCAAACAGUGAUUAUUGCUGACAACUGCAAUCAUCGUAUCAUCCAAUGGAAGGAAGGUGAUACGACAAAUGGGCAAGUUGUUGCUGGCGGCCAAGGCCAAGGAAAUGGCUUGAACCAAUUGAAUCAGCCAACAUAUGUAUUGAUCGACAAAGAGGCGGAUAGUCUGAUUAUUUGUGAUCAUGGGAAUCGACGAGUUGUAUGGUGGUCUCGUCGUAGUGAUUCAGUACAAGGAAAAAUUCUUAUCCCCAACAUUCAAUGUUGGGGAUUAGUAAUGGAUGAGAAGAGAUAUCUCUACGUUUCAGAUAACGAAAAACAUGAAGUAAGACGAUAUCAAUUGGGUGAGGAGAAUGGCAUUUUGGUGGCUGGUGGAAAUGACAGAGGUGAUGGUUUCCAUCAACUUAACUGGCCCACAUACCUCUUUGUCGAUCGACAACAGAAUGUCUACGUAUCAGACAACGAGAAUCACCGUGUAGUGAAAUGGACUGAAGGUGCCAAAGCAGGCAUUGUGAUCGCUGGAGGUCAAUGA